AUGAGCUCUGAUCCGCUGGCCAUCGUGCCAGGCCACUCUCUCGGCUUCUUGACCCUGGGAUCCUCCCUCCAAGAAGUCCUCUGUACCAUCAAAGAAGACAAGACACGCUGGCCAACCAUCGAUAUCAGCUUCUCGCAAACUAGGCCGCUCCUAACACCUGUUAUUGUUGGACUACCUCAGAAUGGAUUGCGACUACGCUUCGAUGGCAGCGACCAACGGUUACGCUUGAUUGAGGUGGUGGAUCCAACAAAGACAAAGAUGACAUUCRAAGGCAGCGAAUUGGCAAAGAGGCAGGAGGAGCCCGCGGCUUUCAAGCGGAUAUACCAGUUGUUCGGGGCGUCCUACCCUGGCGAAUACAUCCAACCAGCUUCACACAGUCGCACGGGAACGUAUAUUCUGUCAUGGCCCGGUGUCGCAUUCAACUUUCCCCUGCAGCACUCCGCUUGGUCUCCUGAGAAGGAUCACGUGUCACUGCUGGGCUCCCAUGCUGCUCAGCCAGCGACUCACAUUGCAAUCUUCGAAGGCAAUAGCUGGCCAGAGGCUCGAGGGUCGCUAUUCGUAAAGGACCCCACUGGACCACGUACGGCUGCAGUUGCAAGUCAGCCCCGAGAUCUCUUACCAGCGGAGCUAGAAUGGGCGUCUAUCAAGGACGCUGGCGAGAUCAGUUUUUGUAGACGCCCACCCGCUCUACCAUUCAACCUCGUGCUCGGCCAGACUACUCCACAAGACCUCCUCACAGAAUUAGGCCCUCCAGAUGCAACCCACAAACGAGAGCCGCAGUCACGUCCAGAGCAGCCCAUAUCAAACCGACGCGGGAGCAACGCCAAAUCUCUUCAAAAUGGGUUCCACUCUACGCCGCCAUCAAGUUAUGGCAGUACGGGGACAGACACUUUCGAAACAGACUUCCAAGAUUCUGCAGAUGCGGAAGACGAUCCUUCUGAAAAGGCUAGUAGAGAGGUAUUCUGGUGCUACUUUGGCCACGGUCUUGACAUCUUAGUCGGCCCUCCGUCUGGUGCUGUCUCGGGACAUGGAGGCGUGCCUGUCACACCUGUUUCCGCCAGUCCGCACCUGGUAGUGCUCAGAGUGGUCAUACAUGGUAACGUGCCCGGUAGCUACGCUUUCAACCGCCAUCGUCGUCUGCGAUGGGCACUUGAUCUGCGUGGCACCAGCUCGACACUGACGUCUGAACACUCAUUCGAAGAGAUCCAGCCUGAUUUGAUGCAAGCGUUCCAGGGAACUCGAUCCGAUCCGGAAAUUGGAAGAGGCAAAGUCGUCAAUCGAAGCUGGGGCGGAGGUACGAGUGAUAGCAGUUUCAACCUGCUGGACCUUGAAAAAGAAGGCAUAAUAUCUUCCGAAGAGGUCAGCGAGGAUUGGAUUCGUAAUACGUUUCUGCACAAUCUCGGCGGUGGUCUGACCUUUGAAGUGGCGAGUAACGGGGCUAUAACCGCGCUGACGAUUUCUUGA